UUUUUUCUUUGCUAUAUGUCAUCGUAGUCAGUGGUGGCAGAUAAGCAUUGCUAGGCCCGGCUCGUUAGGCUUGAGAAGGGCAAGUGUUUUCAGUUAGAUUUGGGGGCAGUUCACCCUCUGGCGAGUUAGGGUGGAAUGUUUGCCCUUGAGACGGAAUAACGGAAAGGCACAGAGGUUGGGCGGUCCAGGUUAAUUUGAAGGCUGAUUUUGGCUGAAAGUCUGGCGACAACAUCGGAUCCCACGUAGCAACUUUGGCCUGGCGCGAAAGAAGGAAGCUCUGACCCCUGGGAGUUGUGGACAAAGGCUUUGGGCUGUAGAAUCGAUGCCUUCGGAUGAUUCCCGUUUGAGGAUGUUGGGAGAAAUCCUGUGCCAUGUGGAUUCGUCUUCAUUUACAGUUCUUCUUAGGGACUGUGGCUCUCAUUGGUCAUUCCUUUGGUUUUUAUUUUAAACAUCUACAUUAUAAAAGGUGGAUCAUCGUAAAGAAUAAUUAUGGGUUGGUGUAGAUUAUUUUCUGCAGGGGAAACUCACGUUUAGGGUGUGAAUAUGCUACAUCAUGACUUUGGGCUUUACGAAGUAGUCGCAGAGUUAAAAAAAUUCUCUCCCUCACCAUAUCUGGAAAAUGACUUUUUCUUCGCUAGUUAAAAAUCAAGUGGAUCUGAUGAGUUAUUACUUAUUCAAAUUCUGCCUCCCUCCCCUGUUUACCUCUCCGUAUCACCUUAAGUCUUGAUUAGAAGAUGCACAUUACAUAUUGUUUAGUUAUAAUGGUGAUUAAGUGGGAUGAAUCGUUGGAUAAAAAUAGCAGUUAUUUAAAAUGCGUUUUUAAUUUCACUGACUUACUCUUAAGUGACCUUUUAGGGACCCACUCUUCUUUUCAUAGAAAUUUUAACAGAUUAUUGUCUUCAAAUGAACACAAAGGCACAAAAAUACUUUCUGCAUUCAUAACUAGAAAAAUGCAAAAUUUUAAUUGCAGACUACUUGAGGGUAAUUUUCGUGUUUUGCUUUUGUGUAAUUUAGUGUGUUAAGAGUUGAAUUUCUGGAGAAUUUGCUUAAGGAAAUACAGCAUGUUGGAACCACAGAAGUGCCCAUUUUGAGAACUGGUCUCUUACAGUUGGUCUCCAAGGUGUGUUAUUGUAGAGGCAUAAAUGGUACAUUACCCUACUGUCUCAAGGGCAGAGAAGUUUAAGCAUUAGUUUUGUUUAACUGUGGCAAAUGAGAAUAAACUUUUUAAAUAGUCUGCUUGAAUUGGAAUUCAUGAGAUUUGUGUUCAUGAAACUACUUAGUUAAAAGAUAAUUUUUAAGUGAGGUAGGAUAAAUUACUAGAGCUUUUUUGAAUUUGAGAUAUAAUUAUUCCUUGAAACGUCUCUAAUUUCUCUUGUAGAUGAAUUUAUGUUCCCAGGGUAAAUCCCUUUAAAAUUUUUAAAAAAGCUUAGGAGAGACAAGAAUAUGUAUAGCUUAUGGUGCUUUCUAAAAUAUCUUAAAAGUAAAAGAGUAGCUAAGCCAAUUUGCAUAGGAGGGAGUCUUGGGACUUUAAUAUGGAUAAGUAUUCCAGAAGCCAUUUGUAGUUUUUGUUGAAGUGUUAGUAUGGAUAUUGGUUUGUUGAAGAAAAUAGGCUUUUUUUCUUUUUUUGUUACUGUGCAAAUACUUUAAUAGCAAACCUGAUUAAUAUUUUUCAGAUGUAGAAUGUGUGAAGUGAUUUGAUGUCUUUGCUAGUUUAGCUUCUAGUUAAUGUACGUACACUUUUUAAAGGAAAACAGACCUCAGUGAAUCUAUCUUCAGACCCCCACUUUGGGGAACAGUGGUACUUAAGUGUAAGUACUGGAUUCUAGAUUAACGCAACGUUUAUUUGUACAUUAAAAACGUGUAAAUUACUCCAGGUGCAGUGGCUCAUAUCUGUAAAUCCUAGCACUGUGGGAGGCUGAGGCGAGCUGAUUGCUUGAGCCCACGAGUUCCCUACCAGCCUGGGCAACAUGGUGAAACCCUGGCUCUACCAAAAAUACAAAAAUAAGCCGGGUGUGGUGGUGCACACCUAUAGUCCCAGCUACUUGGGAGGCUGAGGUGGGAGGAUUUCCUGAGCCUGGGUAAUUCGAGGCUGUAGUGAGCCAAGAUCGCACCAGUGCACUCCAGCCUGGGUAGCACAGCGAGAGAGACACUGUCUCCCCCACCAAAAAAAUUAAGUUGCUUUUACAGAAUUAACAGGUCUCCAAGAAAUUUUAAAAAAGGUCAUUAUUGCUGUGGUUUGAGCUCAGCAUGGCUGUAGUCAUCCGUUUACUGGGGCUUCCUUUUAUUGCGGGGCCUGUGGAUAUUCGUCACUUCUUCACGGGAUUGACUAUUCCUGAUGGAGGAGUGCAUAUAAUUGGAGGGGAAAUUGGGGAGGCUUUUAUUAUUUUUGCAACAGAUGAAGAUGCAAGACGUGCCAUAAGUCGUUCAGGAGGGUUUAUCAAGGAUUCAUCUGUAGAGCUCUUUCUUAGUAGCAAGGCAGAAAUGCAGAAGACUAUAGAAAUGAAAAGAACUGAUCGUGUAGGAAGAGGGCGUCCAGGAUCUGGGACAUCAGGGGUUGGCAGCCUGUCUAAUUUUAUUGAGUCUGUUAAGGAAGAAGCAAGUAAUUCUGGAUAUGGCUCUCCAAUUAAUCAAGAUGCUGGGUUUCAUACUAAUGGUACAGGACAUGGUAAUUUAAGGCCAAGAAAGACAAGGCCAUUGAAGGCUGAGAAUCCUUACUUGUUUCUACGAGGUUUGCCUUACCUAGUAAAUGAAGAUGAUGUCCGUGUCUUUUUCUCUGGUUUGUGCGUGGAUGGAGUAAUUUUCUUAAAACAUCACGAUGGCCGAAAUAAUGGUGAUGCCAUAGUAAAAUUUGCUUCAUGUGUUGAUGCUUCAGGAGGUCUUAAAUGUCAUAGAAGUUUUAUGGGUUCAAGAUUUAUAGAAGUAAUGCAAGGAUCAGAACAACAGUGGAUUGAGUUUGGUGGUAAUGCAGUUAAGGAGGGUGACGUUCUUAGGAGAUCUGAAGAACAUUCUCCACCAAGAGGAAUUAAUGAUAGACAUUUUCGAAAACGGUCUCAUUCAAAAUCUCCCAGAAGAACACGUUCUCGUUCCCCUCUUGGAUUUUAUGUUCACUUAAAAAAUCUGUCCCUCAGUAUUGACGAAAGAGAUUUAAGAAAUUUCUUUAGAGGUACUGAUCUGACUGAUGAACAGAUUAGGUUUUUAUAUAAAGAUGAAAAUAGAACAAGAUAUGCCUUUGUGAUGUUCAAGACUCUGAAAGACUAUAAUACUGCUCUGAGUUUACAUAAGACUGUUUUACAGUAUCGUCCAGUUCAUAUUGAUCCAAUUUCUAGAAAACAAAUGCUGAAGUUCAUUGCACGUUAUGAAAAGAAGAGAUCAGGGUCACUAGAGAGAGACAGGCCUGGACAUGUUUCACAAAAAUACUCUCAAGAAGGUAACUCUGGCCAGAAGCUGUGCAUCUAUAUAAGAAAUUUUCCAUUUGAUGUUACAAAAGUUGAAGUGCAGAAGUUCUUUGCAGACUUUCUCCUUGCUGAGGAUGACAUUUACUUGCUUUAUGAUGACAAAGGUGUUGGUCUGGGAGAAGCAUUAGUGAAAUUUAAAUCAGAAGAACAGGCCAUGAAAGCUGAACGUUUAAACCGACGAAGAUUCUUAGGGACAGAGGUAUUAUUAAGACUUAUAUCUGAGGCACAAAUGCAGGAGUUUGGUGUAAAUUUUUCCUUGAUGUCCAGUGAAAAAAUGCAAGCUCGCUCACAGUCACGUGAGCGAGGUGACCAUUCCCAUUUAUUUGACUCAAAAGACCCACCAAUAUACUCAGUUGGUGCUUUUGAAAACUUUAGACAUCAGCUAGAGGACUUGAGGCAACUGGAUAACUUCAAGCAUCCCCAGAGGGAUUUCCGGCAGCCUGACAGGCACCCUCCAGAAGACUUCCGGCACUCCUCAGAGGACUUAAGGUUCCCCCCGGAGGACUUCAGGCACUCCCCAGAGGACUUCAGGCGACCUAGGGAGGAAGACUUCAGGCGGCCUUCUGAGGAGGACUUCAGGCGUCCUUGGGAGGAAGAUUUCAGGUGCCCUCCGGAGGAUGACUUCAGGCACCCUAGGGAGGAGGACUGGAGGAGGCCCCUUGAGGAGGAUUGGAGGCGGCCACUGGAGGAGGAUUUCAGGCGGUCUCCCACGGAGGACUUCAGGCAGCUCCCCGAGGAGGACUUCAGGCAACCCCCUGAGGAGGACUUCAGGUGGCUCCCAGAGGAAGAUUUCAGGCGGCCACCUGAGGAGGACUGGAGACGGCCCCCAGAGGAGGACUUUAGGCGGCCUCUUCAGGGAGAAUGGAGGCGACCACCUGAGGAUGACUUCAGGCGGCCCCCAGAGGAGGAUUUCAGGCAUUCCCCUGAGGAGGACUUCAGGCAGUCACCCCAGGAGCAUUUCCGGAGGCCACCUCAGGAGCAUUUCCGUCGGCCACCCCCAGAGCAUUUCCGGAGACCACCUCCAGAGCAUUUUAGGCGGCCUCCCCCAGAGCACUUCCGGCGGCCACCCCCAGAGCAUUUCAGGCGGCCACCCCCGGAGCAUUUCAGGCGCCCGCCCCCGGAGCACUUCCGGAGACCGCCCCAGGAGCAUUUCAGGCGGCCGCCUCAGGAGCAUUUCAGGCGCUCCCGAGAGGAAGAUUUCAGGCACCCACCAGAUGAAGACUUCAGGGGCCCUCCCGAUGAAGACUUUAGGCACCCUCCUGAUGAGGACUUCAGGAGCCCCCAGGAGGAAGAUUUUAGAUGCCCUUCUGAUGAGGACUUCAGGCAGCUCCCAGAGGAAGACCUUAGGGAAGCUCCAGAGGAGGACCCUAGACUUCCUGACAAUUUUAGACCUCCUGGUGAGGAUUUUAGGAGCCCGCCUGAUGAUUUUAGAAGUCACCGCCCUUUUGUGAAUUUUGGUCGUCCAGAAGGUGGCAAGUUUGAUUUUGGAAAGCAUAACAUGGGAAGUUUUCCUGAGGGGAGAUUUAUGCCUGAUCCAAAGAUAAAUUGUGGUUCAGGUAGAGUAACUCCUAUUAAGAUAAUGAAUCUUCCAUUUAAAGCUAAUGUUAAUGAAAUUUUAGACUUUUUCCAUGGUUACAGAAUCAUACCUGAUUCAGUUUCGAUACAGUAUAAUGAGCAAGGCUUACCUACAGGGGAAGCCAUUGUUGCUGUGAUAAACUAUAAUGAAGCUAUGGCUGCUAUUAAAGAUCUAAAUGAUAGGCCAGUUGGGCCCCGAAAAGUUAAGUUAACUUUGCUGUAGAGAGAGAGCAUUUCUAAAUUCAGUUAUCUUCCUUGCAGUAUUGGAGUAAAAUACAUUUGUUUUAAAAAAGUGUUUUUUUUUUCUUUUAAUUAUCUAAUGAAAUAUUUUGACCUGUGAAUAGAACAAAUGUAAAUAGUAGAAUGUGAAUCUGGUUUUCUUUUGCUUGCAAAUUGCCAUUCAUUUUUUUUUCUAAUUUAAAAUUACACAUGCUGUUUUUCUCUUUGAUGGGGAGAAAGAACUAAUUCCCUGAGUUCAUUCAUUUUUGUUGAUGUCAUGGGUAAGCUUCAAGACUUAUUGAAGUAGAGUUGUAUUUGGGGAAGAUACAUUUUAUAUUCACUUUUUUUUUCAUUCUGUAGUCUACAUCUUUUACUCAAACUGUAUAAGGAAAUAGUGACCGAUUGUUCAGGUUUGGCAUUUUCAUUGCUACCUGCCGGCAGAAUUAAUGCCCUCUUCCUUGUCUGAGAUAUUACUGUGUUAAGUGUCCUGUUAAUUAUAAAUAGUUCAAAAUGGACAGACUGUCAACUUGAAAUUUACUUAUGUAAAAACCUUAGGUGAUUCUUAGGGUUUCCAUGUUCAUAACUUUACAAAGUUUUAUAAAAAUAAAAUUGUAGCUUAAUAGAACUAA